AUGUUGAGUCCUAAAGCAUCUCAAAUUCAACAGCCAUUGCUAGAAAUACAGAGUUAUCCAGAUAUAAGCUCGCCUGUUGAAAUAAAGAAGGAAACCAAACAUGAGGAAAAUGAGAAUGGAGCUCCUAUUCUGGAAGAAUAAAACAAUGCUAAGCCUGAUGAUAAAAAGAUCAUAAAUCCCCUUCCUUCAGAAUAUCGAUGGAUAUUGGAGAAUCAUAAUGAGUCUGAUUACUCUAAGAUAGAGGGAAGGAUUAAAAGUAAAAGUUUCCCCUUGAGAUUUGAAGAAGAAGUUGAUGAAGAAUAAGAUUAUUAUGCAAAUCAUUCAGAAGAAGAAGUAAAAAACCGAAUAAAAGUUGAAUUUGCGGUUGUAUAAAUCAUCAUGCUAGGUCAUAGAAAUAGACUUUUAGUAGAAUAUUCUUAUGGUAAAAAUAAAGUGAACAGAGCUAUUGAUUACAUAAAUUUUGAUACCUAAGAAAUCAUAAAAACUAUUUACUUACAAAAAGUUAAUAUAAAAAGUAAAAUUUUCCACAGAAUCUUCAAUGAUAUUGAUUUUAUCUUUUAUCAAGAAGGUUAGUAAGUAUUCUUAAUGAAACUUGAUGACUUCAUUGAAUAAAACCAAGAUAAACAUUUGAUUUAAUUUAAUUUCUUUGAAUGUUGA